CAAGUCUUCACUGAAAUCGGAGAGUUUUUCUUCUUCACUUCUUAUUUCCUUCUCCAAAUCUAACCCGGCAACUUCCAUGUAAAUCUGAUUAAAUUAUCUUUUGUGCCAGAGUUUCAUCAUCAACCAAGCACAUGAGAGUUUGAUUUUAUCUUAUAAAUUUUAUUGUAAUAAUAAGUAAGAGAUUAUUCUGCCAUGGCGGGAAUAGCUCUGUUAGUGGAUCUUUUAAAGAAAAAUCCAAGCAUUACUACUCAAACCAUUCAUUCUACUAAAUUAAUUUCCGCAUCAAUUGCUGCUUCAGCUGCUGCUGCUUCUGUUUUCGGUGAAAGGCCUUUUGCUUCUAGGUUUUUAUUCGGUGAUGGUGUGGGAUCAGUUGCCUUUGCGGAUGCCGGUGCAGAAUGGGCACCGGAAGAUUACAUUCCUAAUUUUAAAAAUGCUGCUAAGAAAAUGUUUCAGAAUGAUUCAAUCAAAUAUAGUAUAAAGGAAUAUCCGAUAGAGCUAAAACCUCUGUUCUCAGCUUUUGGACUUAGGGCUUUUGGUAUGACAACCUUGCGAUCAUUUUUGAUGUUCUACUUGCCUCUGUUGGAGCCUCGUACCAACCUGGAAGAAGAUGAAGAUGAAGAUGAAGAUUUUUUACAAGAUGCUCCUCCUGAGGAGCCCACAGAUUUGGUUGUGCCCUUUCAGAAAUCCGUGAAGCAGAUCGUUCGCGAGAUUACUGUUUCAACGACUAGACGGGUUCUUGAAAGAGUUGCUGUUCAUUAUGUUUCACGAAGGAUGGCAUGGAAACUUCUUAAAGAUAUCCCGGUAUCAGCCAGACGCAAGGCCGCCAGGGGGAUGCCUGGUCUAGAGUUGUUCUGCCGUGUUAGUAGAACAACAUUCAGAGGACAUUUGUUAGGGAUUGCAGCAGCAUGGCUUGUCCAAGUUGGAAUUGACAUCUACAGAAGCUGCAAGUUUAUGUUUACUGAUAAACCUGAGGAAGCUGAAAAGAUUGAUAGAGCAGCUCUUAUGAAGCUUAUUGGAACCAAAAUCUGUAUUACAACUGUUAAAUGUGGCGGUUCCUUGAUAUUUGCUUCCAUUGGAGCAGGAGUUGGCGCUUUCUUCCAUCCUUCCAUUGGGCAAUGGAUUGGAUGUGCUGCCGGGGAUGCGGCAGGUUCGUUUAUUAUAACAAUAAUAUUAGUUAAAGGUCUACAUCUUGCACUUUAGAGACCUACAGCAGUUUGGGUUUGCCUUGAUAUGAUUCUUGCACUGCCUUAAAAGGGGACUGGUGCAUGUGUGGAUUCUGCAGCGCUCAUCGCAAAUCACAUGAUUCAUGGGAAAGGUUAUUCGUAUAAGACAAGGAAUAAUUUGUUUUCAUUUUUGCAUGCUUGCUGAGAAUAGAGAUGAUUUCCUACGUGUGUUUUUCUUUUCUUCUCUUCAAAGCCACCCUUCACUGACUAGCUUUUGACUUCAUUUAACUGUGCAGCAGUUUUAAUACAUCAUCAAUUUUGUUGUAAUUCUUUUUAUUAGAAUAUUUGUAAUCUCUAUACUAUCCACACUUCCAAUUUUGGAAGUGACUAUAUAUCCAGAAA